AUGACUAAGACUUACAGAAACUGGCACGAGAAAUUACCGUUUGCCCUCCUUGCUUAUCGAACGUCAAUCAGGACCUCUACCGGGGCAACGCCUUUCUCCUUAGUUUAUGGUAUGGAGACAGUCUUGCCCAUCGAAGUUGAAAUCCCUUCUCUCCGGGUUUUGACUGAGCUACAAUUGGAUGAGGCGGAAUGGGUUCAAUCUCGAUAUGAUCAGUUGAACUUAAUAGAGGGAAAGAGGCUAAAGGUUAUUCAGCAGGGAAGCAUUGAAGAAGUUGAGGCUCCGCAAGAUCAGGCACAAUUGGGCCUUGUAGUCUUUGCUCUAUUCCCAAUUAGAAAAAAGAGAAAGGGGGUUUACCUUCACUUUGAAUCUGCUCAAGGGCAGUUAAAAGCACGUCGUAUCGCCUUUCCGAUCACCAUUCUCGGUGAAAUUGCGGCGGAGGCGCGUUGCGGCGGCGGCGCGAGGACGCUAGGGGUGAAACCCUAG